AGGCGAUGAGGGUCCUGGUGCGGUGCUGCUGGGGCCGCGGGGCGGCGGCGGGUGGCGCGUGCGGAGGAUCCAGCCCCAUCCCCGCCUCCCCGUGGCGGGCGCUGUCCGGGGCCGGCGGGGAGGACGGCCGGGCCCCCCGAGUUCGCGAGAAGCCGCCCUGGCGAGUGCUCUUCUUCGGCACCGACCAUUUUGCCCGCGAGACGCUGCGGGCGCUGCACGCCGCCAGGGAAAACAAAUCAGAGGACUUAAUCCAAAGUCUGGAGGUGGUCACAGUGCCCUGCCUAUCCCCAAGGGGACUGCCCGUCAAGCAGUUUGCCGAACAGAAUCAGCUUCUGGUUCACGAGUGGCCAGAAGUAGGCUCUGGAGUCUAUGACGUCGGUGUGGUGGCUUCCUUUGGCCGGCUUUUGAGUGAGGCUCUUAUUCUUAAAUUUCCCUACGGCAUACUCAAUGUCCAUCCCAGUUGUCUCCCGAGGUGGCGUGGUCCAGCACCCAUCAUCCACACAGUUCUUCACGGAGACACAGUCACUGGAGUGACCAUUAUGCAAAUCAGACCUAAAAGGUUUGAUGUAGGCCCAAUUCUCAAACAGGAAACGGUUCCUGUGCCACCGAAGAUCACUGCAAAAGAACUGGAAACAGCAUUAUCAAGACUGGGUGCCAACAUGCUGAUUUCAGUUUUGAAAAAUCUGCCUGACAGUAUCAACCAUGGGAAGCCGCAGCCCACAGAGGGGGUGACUCAUGCCCCUAAAAUUUCUGCUGGUAUUGGCUGCAUCAAGUGGGAAGAACAAACUUCAGAACAGAUCCUCAGACUUUAUCGAGCUGUUGGAAGUAUAGUUCCUUUGCAGACCGUAUGGAUGGAUACUGUCAUUAAACUUCUGGAUUUGGUAGAAGUUCAGAGUUCAGUCAUCACUGAUUCAAAGUUAACUGGACAGGCUGUUAUUCCUGGAUCUAUAAUAUACCACAGAAAGUCACAAAUACUCCUGGUUGGUUGCAAGGAUGGCUUGAUUGGUGUUCAAUCAGUGAUCCUCAAAAAGAAACUGACAGCUACGGAUUUCUACAAUGGCUAUUUGCACCCCUGGUACCAGAAAAGUUCUCAAGUUCAACCAAGCCAGUGCAGAUUUCAGACUCUCAGACUCCCAACAAAGAAGAAUCAGGGGACAAAAAAUGUGGCCCGGCAGCAGUACAGUAAGUAGAUCAGAAGAGGAUGAUGAGACCUACCAGAUAUGUAUAACACCUCAGAAGACUUUAC